AUGGCGGCGGAGAGGUACGAUACGGUGAACAUGGACCCCGACAUCGAACUCCUCAGCGACGACGAACUGGAGCGGGAAGCAGAUGGCUACAAGGAGCAAGGCAACGCAUUCUACAUCCAGAAGGAUUACGCGGAAGCUUUUAAUUACUAUACCAAGGCCAUCGAUAUGUGUCCAAAGAACGCCAGUUACUACGGCAACCGAGCGGCCACGCUGAUGAUGCUGUGUCGGUACCGCGAGGCUUUGGAGGAUUCCCAGCAAGCCGUGCGGCUGGAUAACUCCUUCAUGAAGGGGCACCUGCGAGAGGGGAAGUGCCACCUGUCUCUCGGGAACGCCAUGGCGGCCUCGCGCUGCUUCCAGAAGGUUCUGGAGCUGGAGCCUGACAACGGUCAAGCCCAGCAGGAGCUCAAGUGCGCCGAAUCCAUUCUGGAGUACGAGCGGAUGGCAGAGAUUGGCUUUGACAAGCGAGACUACCGCAUGGUGGUUUUCUGCAUGGACCGAGCCCUGGAGUCAGCUUCGGCCUGCCAUCGCUUCAAGAUACUGAAAGCCGAGUGCUUAGCUCUGCUGGGACGAUACCCUGAGGCUCAGUCCGUGGCCAGUGACAUCUUAAGAAUGGACUCCACCAACGCAGACGCACUGUACGUGCGCGGCCUUUGCCUGUACUACGAGGACUGCAUCGACAAGGCGGUCCAGUUCUUCGUUCAGGCCCUGCGCAUGGCUCCGGACCACGAGAAAGCGCGGCUCGCUUGUAGGAACGCCAAAGCGCUAAAGGCUAAGAAAGAGGAAGGCAACAAGGCCUUUAAAGAAGGCAACUUUGACGCUGCCUACGUCCUUUACUCUGAAGCGCUGACAAUAGAUCCCAACAACAUCAAGACAAAUGCCAAGCUGUACUGUAACAGAGCCACUGUCGGCUCCAAGCUGAAGAAAGUAGAACAGGCCAUCGAAGACUGCACGAAGGCCAUCAAGCUGGACGAGAGCUACAUCAAGGCCUACUUGCGACGAGCGCAAUGCUGCAUGGAGACGGAGCAGUACGAAGAGGCGGUUCGCGACUACGAGAAGGUUUACCAGACAGAGAAGACCAAAGAGCACAAGCAGCUGCUAAAACAUGCACAGCUGGAGCUGAAGAAAAGCAAGCGAAAAGACUACUACAAGGUACUUGGCGUGGACAAGAACGCCAGCGAGGAGGAGAUCAAGAAGGCGUACCGCAAACGGGCGCUCUUACAUCACCCAGAUCGGCACAGCAGCGCUACCGCGGAAGUGCAAAAGGAAGAGGAAAAGAAAUUCAAGGAGGUCGGCGAGGCCUUCAGCGUGCUAUCGGACCCCAAGAAAAAGUCGCGCUACGAUAGCGGGCAGGACCUGGAGGACGAGGGCAUGAACAUGGGCGAUUUCGACGCCAACAAUAUUUUCAAGGCGUUCUUCGGCGGUCCCGGAGGUUUUAGUUUUGAAGCAUCAGGACCGGGAAAUUUCUUCUUCCAGUUCGGUUAA